AUGGUUGCCAUGGCCAACACUUUGUUCUAUGCUCUGUUCAUCCUCUCUACUCUCACACUGCUCACUACCACAGCCAAGAAAACGUAUAUCGUUCAUAUGAAUCGCCUCUCCAAGCCUCACUCAUAUGCCACUCACCAUGAUUGGUACCAAUCCCUCACUACUUCUGAUUCCAUCCUUUACACCUACACCACCGCAUUUCAUGGCUUCGCUGCCUAUCUCUCUCCUCAAGAAGCCGACUCUCUUAGAAACAUGGAUUAUGUUCUUAAUGUCUUUGAGGACACUGUCUACUCUGUCCAAACCACUCGCACCCCACGAUUCCUUGGUCUCGAUUCCAACUUCGGCUUGAUUGAUGAUGCAAGAGAAUUUCAAGAAAUCGAACAAGCUUCCCAAGAUGUUAUUGUCGGAGUUCUUGAUACUGGGGUGUGGCCGGAAUCAAAAAGUUUCGACGACACAGGCUUGCCUGAGGUCCCAAAACGAUGGAAAGGAAAAUGCGAUUCAACUCCUGAUUUCAAUCCUGCACUUUGCAAUAGGAAGUUGAUUGGAGCUCGUUAUUUCGUAGAAGCACACAAGAGAAGAGAACCUGAGUGGAGCCAUAUUCUCUCACCUAGAGACUAUAUGGGCCAUGGAACCCACACUGCUACUACAAUUGCUGGGUCACCUGUGGCUAAUGCGAGCAUGUUCGGUCUUGCGAGAGGCACCGCCCGUGGAGUUGCCGUUCGAGCCCGUGUGGCAAGUUACAAGGUCUGUUGGACAUCUUGUUUAGGAGCUGAUAUUCUCGCAGGAAUAGACACGGCUAUUGUGGAUGGAGUUGAUGUUCUCUCUAUCUCCAUGGGCGGUGAUGGAGAUCAAGCUGAUCCUUAUUAUCGUGAUCCAAUUGCUAUAGGUGGAUUCCGUGCAAUGCAACUGGGCAUUUUCGUCUCCUGUUCAGCAGGUAACUCUGGACCUAGAGAAUCCUCUGUAGGAAACGUAGCUCCAUGGAUUAUGACCGUCGGUGCAAGUAGUAUUGACCGAGAUUUUCCGGCGUAUGUUUUGCUCGGAAACAAAAGAAUUUACAGGGGGAUCUCUCUCUACAGCGGACGAAAACUGGGGAAUGAGCCAGUGGGCUUGGUGUAUCAUAAAGGAAAGAAUAGCUCUAGUAAUUUCUGUUUGGCUGGUACACUUGAACCAGCGGUGGUUCACGGCAAAGUGGUGAUCUGUGACAAAGGAAGAAACAGGCGUACAGAGAAAGGGGUGGUGGUUCUCAAGGCCGGAGGUGUUGGGAUGAUACUGGUGGACACAGUGGCUAUGAAAGAGUUGACGGCUGACAGCCACCUGGUACCGACGGUGGGGGUGGGAAAGAAAGUGGGUAAUCUGAUUAAGAAAUAUGUGAAAACUGGUCGGAAUCCCACGGUUGUGCUUGGAUUUCGUGGGAUGGUGGUAGAUGUUCGACCGUCGCCGAUGGUGGCUUCUUUCAGUUCCAGAGGACCCAAUCCGAUAACACCAGAGAUCUUGAAGCCGGAUGUUAUAGGUCCCGGAGUAAACAUCCUAGCUGCAUGGCCUGAAGUUGCAAGUCCAACUCACUUGGAGGAGGAUCGUAGGAUCACUAAAUUCAACAUUGUAUCAGGGACAUCCAUGUCAUGCCCACAUGUCAGUGGAAUAGUUGCAUUACUAAAAGCAGCACAUCCAAGUUGGAGUCCAAGUGCAAUUAGAUCAGCUUUAAUGACAACUGCUUACACUCUUGAUAACACCAACUCUUCUAUAAAAGAUUCAGCAACUCUUGCUUCUGCAAACCCAUGGGAAUCCGGGUCGGGUCAUGUAGACCCAAAGAAAGCAUUCUCUCCUGGCCUCAUCUAUGACAUCUCCACUGAAGACUACACAAAAUUCUUAUGUUCACUGAACUAUCCUCUUGAUAUUAUCAGAGAAGUAAGCCUAAACCCUAAUCUCACUUGUCUGAAAAAAUUUACUGAUCUUGGCAACUUCAAUUACCCAUCAUUCUCUGUCUUGUUUGGAAACAAGACAAUGGUUCAAUACACUAGGGAAGUUACAAAUGUUGGUGUUGCAAAGUGUACAUAUGAAGUGGCAGUGUCUGCACCAUCAGCUGUGGCAGUGAGAGUGAAACCUAGGAAGUUGGUUUUUAAGGAUGUAGGAGAGAAGCUCAAGUAUAGAGUUACAUUUAUGGGUAAAAGGAAUAGGAAGCCAACUGGUAAAGCUGCAUUUGGUUCGAUUUCUUGGAGAUAUGGUCAAUACAUGGUUAGAAGCCCUGUUGCUUUUACUUGGAUUUGAGCUGGUUAAUUAUCGCAAGUUGUCUCAUCAAAGAAAUUAAGCCAGAGAG